GUGUUCUGGCCGCCGGACUGCUGAGAGCAUGGCCUCUCUAGGGGCUCCAGCUCCGGGACCAGAGUUACCCGAGCGAAACUGCGGCUACCAAGAGGUCCAGUACUGGGAUCAGCGCUACCGAGAUGCGGCCGAUUCUGUCCCCUAUGAGUGGUUUGGGAACUUCUCCUCUUUCCGUGCCCUUCUAGAGCCGGAGCUGCGGCCCGAGGACCGCAUCCUCGUGCUAGGUUGUGGGAACAGUGCUCUGAGCUACGAGCUAUUCCUUGGAGGCUUCCCUGAUGUGACCAGUGUGGACUACUCAUCAGUAGUGGCUGCCAUGCAGGCUCGCUAUGCUCAUGUGUCCAGGCUGCGCUGGGAGACCAUGGACGUACGGGCACUGAACUUCCCCAGUGGCUCCUUUGAUGUGGUGCUUGAGAAGGGCACGCUGGAUGCCCUGCUUGCUGGGGAACGGGAUCCCUGGGCUGUGUCCUCUGAAGGUGUCCACACAGUGGACCAGGUGUUGAGUGAGGUUAGCCGGGUGCUGGUCCCUGGGGGCCGGUUCAUGUCAAUGACCUCUGCUGCCCCCCACUUUCGGACCAGACACUAUGCCCAAUCCCGUUAUGGCUGGUCCCUGAGGCAUGCAACCUAUGGCAGUGGUUUCCACUUUCAUCUCUAUCUUAUGCACAAGGGUGGGGAACUCAGUGUGGCCCAGCUGGCCCUGGGGUCCCAGAUCCUCUCACCCCCUAGACCUACCUCACCCUGCUUCCUUCAGGACUCAGAUCAUGAGGAUUUCCUUAGUGCCAUUCAGCUGUGAGGCCAGAAGCGUGGUCCUCCAGCCCUUCCUGCCAUUCUGCCCUGGCUUCUCAUGUAGUUGGAACUCAGGGCUUGAGGUUGGGUCCAAGGUGCUCACUUCCUAGAGACCUCACGCCUAAGACAGAAGGUGGGAGCAAACCCGCAUGAACCAAUACAGUCCAUCCAACUAGAUUCCAG